AUGGGCUGCAAGAAAACACUCAUUUUGUUUGUGUGUUGGAUUAUUUACCUGUGUCUCGGUGCGUUGGCUUUCAUCGCAAUAGAGAAAGGAAACCUUGCGACGCAGCAGGAGGCACGUGCAGAGUUCAACGAGGCAGUCGCAGACUUUGCCCGCGAAUACUCUUCGUGUGGAGUUACCAGAGACAGUCUGUUGACGUUCAUGGUAAACAAUGGACGGCACACCCAGACAAGAGGUGUGUUCCACUUUAAUGUAGAUCCCUCGAAGGGGGUUCAAGAAGAAUGGUCAAUGACUAAUGCGUUGGUCUUUACCUCCGAAAUUGUUACUACCAUAGGUCACGGCACGCUGACACCCUACACCGCCAGAGGGCGUCUCGCCUGCAUUUUAUACGCCCUCUUCGGCAUACCACUCUGCGGCUUCAUGCUCGCAGCCGUCGGUGACGCGGCACUCAUCCUAGCCGAUAAAAUCGACGGAGUUUUCCGAAGGCGUCUCCGACUUGCUCUCCUAGUGAACGCUGCCCGUCUCUUCGUCAUUGUAUUGGUAUUCUGGUCGAUUACGGUGACGCUGCCAACGUUGAUUUACACCAGGACGGAGGGGUGGAACUGGGUCAAGGCACAAUACUUCAGCUUCACAGGCAUGAGUACAGUCGGCUUCGGAGACGUGAAGAUUGGUGCCGAUGAUGCCGGAACUGGUCAUGGUCGAUUCCUCGCAAUCAUCUUCCGGAUGGGUUUGAUUGCAAGUCGGGCUUGUGAGAGUGGAGCUGCAGCCCUCCAAACAGCUGCCCACAUCACCAGUGACUGCGUUUGUCACACAGUUUGCAACCUGGCCAAAUAA